AUGGGCAGGCCUCCUUGCUGUGAUAAAGAAGGGGUCAAGAAAGGACCUUGGACUCCUGAAGAAGAUAUCAUUUUGGUCUCUUACAUUCAAGAACAUGGUCCUGGGAAUUGGAGGGCUGUUCCUACCAAUACAGGGUUGCAUAGAUGCAGUAAAAGUUGCAGGCUGAGAUGGACUAAUUACCUUAGGCCUGGGAUCAAACGUGGUAACUUUACUGACCAUGAGGAAAAGAUGAUCAUCCACCUUCAAGCUCUUUUGGGCAAUAGAUGGGCUGCAAUAGCUUCAUACCUCCCACAGAGAACUGACAAUGACAUUAAAAACUACUGGAACACCCACUUGAAGAAGAAGCUAAACAAGCUUCAAGCAGGCACUGAAGGCCACUCUAAAGAUCAAGGAUCAAGCACCAGCUCACAGGCAAUAUCCAGAGGUCAAUGGGAGAGAAGGCUUCAAACUGACAUUCACAUGGCCAGACAAGCUCUUCGUGAUGCCCUGUCCCCUGAAAAGCCAAGCACUUUGAGCUCUGACUUGAAACCAGCUGAUGGGUUCCUUAUCUCCACCACAAAACCAGCCCAAGAUCAAUCAACAACCACUUAUGCUUCAAGCACUGAGAACAUUUCAAGAUUGCUCAAAGGUUGGAUGAAAAACCCACCAAAAUCAUCAUCAGCCAGAACCAACUUGGCUAUGACUCAGCAUUCAUUUACCAACAUGGUUUCAGGGUUUGACUGUACAUCCAGUGAGGGGGCCACAUCUGCAGCAAACACAACCAAUGGGGUUGAAUUAUCUGAUGCAUUUGAAUCUCUAUUUGGUUUUGAGUCCCUUGACUCUUCAAAUUCAGAUUUAUCUCCAUCUAUGUCACCAGAGGCUAGCCUGUUCCAAGAUGAAAGCAAGCCGACCCUUAUUAGUGACCAGUUUCUGUCAUUGAUUGAUAAGUGGAUAUUUGAUGAAGAUGCUGCUGCUAUUCAAGGGAAAGAUAUGAUGACACUAGACCAUGAAAAUUCUAACUUUUUCUGA